AUGUCUUCGAACGGUGCUCACCGUUCCUCUUCCCAGGCUCCCACUACGCGCAUACAGCACCUACUGAACUUCAAGGAAGGGAUUGUGGCCGAACGCGGGCUUGACAGCACGUCGCAGGAGGCCUUCGAUUCGUUUUUUGAAAUGUUCAACGAAGCGCCCCCUAUGGACUUCAUGAUGAACAGUGUGGUCUAUGGACACGUGUUGCACAAUGAGCAACGCCUGAAGCGUGUCGAGGAUGCAUGCGGGCAGAUACUAACAGGGCUGGAUGAGCUCAAGAAGGCCGUCUCGUCUCAGGGACGUCUGACUGGGGAUCAGGAGGCCGACGUACGCAAAAUAGCGAAGAAAUGGGCCCUCUCAAGAUGCAGCAACAUGCAAGAACUAAAGGAUGUCAUUCUGACCGAAGUGAAGAAGAAGGAGGAGUUCAAGGUCCUCUGCAAGACCGGGCCCGGUGAUCACGCAGUCCAGAAAUACGUCGGUGAACAGGCCUCCUACAUCAAGAAUAUAUUGCGUGAUACCCUUCUUGCCACCACGAUUGGCGCUUCCAAGGGCGGCUUGAGUGUUACUGUCGAUGAACUGAAGGCCAAACUGACCAGCAAGAAACCGACGAGCACGCAGGCCAUGAUGAUAUUAUUCCUUCGAGAAUAUGUACGUGAGAAUGCGAAAGCCCUUUCGUGCUAUGCUGCGUCCGGUUCUACGGACGAUGACGCCGCGGCCAGGAGUGGUGGUGUCUUCUUCGAUCUGACAGAUAAGGCAUUCAAGGAGGCAGCUGCGGAGUACGGUGAAGAGUUCGGGGAGACCGUCGAGUGGCAAAUAUACCUCGAUAAACUCAAGAGAAAAGAGCUGGAAUUAUGGCCGGAAAACAAGUUCGGAUCGAUCUUGCCCAUGCCUGCGCGUCCCGCCGCCGGUCCGGCGCCUAUUCCUGUGGCGACAUCUGUCCGUAACGUCCUGGACAAGGGACCUACACCCUGCCCUCGUCAAGACGACCCAACUGGAAUGCGCCCCCUUUCUCCACGAGUUCCUUCCCCUUCCUUGCCUCCUCGCUUUGAUGCGUCGCAGAGCUCGAGUCCGGCUUCCUCGGGUGGAUUCUUCGCAGGUGCACGCACUCCCGCGUUGGAUGGCUCGUCGCCAUCGCAACUUCACUACAGUUUCAACCGUCCACAGGUCAAUCACGCAGGUCAUCCGUAUUCGGACAGUAGUGCCCCUCCUCCGGCGACGACUUCUUCGGGGUCACCUGGAGGUGAACGCCGCAUCGCGCCACUGCCACGUCGUUCUCAAAACCAGGCUGGGGUUCAUGGCGGCAACAGCCCAUAUCACCGUACUCGUAACCUUUCAGGCAUGGCCAUGGCUGGCACUCACGAACUGGCUUGGGAUCCAGUAUAUGCGGCCGCGAAUGGGUUCUCGAACGAUAACGGUGGUACACGCCCUGCAUCAACUGCCAAUGGCUAUCGGGCAUCGGGAUACGAACAGCUCGGGUACAACACGUCUUGGGGUGGCAGUGGGCCACAUACACCGGACUCUGGAGAUGUUCCGGGCACUUACAUGGGCGAAGGCAGGGCGGGUGCGGGUCAAGAACACUCGCAUCACACGCAAGGCUGA